CAGCCAGAGGGAGAGAAGACGAGACAACAUGGCGGCCCCAGCGCGGAGGGAACCAACUUCUCUCCCCAUGGAUCUGUGAGGGAAGGCGGCGGGGGAGGAGGAAGAGGGGGGACGGACGGCCAUCGCCGCUGCGCUCCUCCGCCCCUGCCGGGUCGCGUUCGAGUGGCUGUUCCCUCCCCCGCGGUCGUAUCGGUCGAACUCUUCUCCUCCCCCCCCUCCCGCCAUGGGGGUGCAAGGGUUCCAGGAGUUCCUGGAGAAGCGCUGCCCGGGGGCCGUGGUGCCCGUGGAUCUGCUGAAGCUGGCGCGCAUCGUGUCGCGCCAGCACCAGGCGCCGCCGCCGCCGCUCCCCCAUCAUCCACACCAGCAGCAGCAGCAGCAGCAGCCGCCGCACCCGGCCGCGGUUCGGGGGCCGGGCCUGGCCCCGCAGGCGGGUCUGGGGGGGCCCGGACAGCCGGGGGGCUACUGCUGCCCGCCGGGGAGCGCGGGGCCUCCCCCGCACCACCACCACCACCACCACUCGCCGCAGCCGUUAGGGCAGGGGGCGCGGGUGCUGGUGGACGCGGGGUCGGCGCUGCCCCGCCUGUACGGCGGCUACCAGACGGACUGGGUGUGCGGGGGCCAGUGGAACGCGAUGCUGGGUUACCUGGCGGCCCUGUGCCAGGCCUGCGCCUACCCCGGCGGAGGAGGAGGAGGAGGAGCCGGCGGGCUGGAGCUGGUGGUGAUGUUCCCCGGCGGCCUGGGCAAGGACCGGCUCCCCGAGUGGGGCCGCCGCUGCCAGGCCGAGCGGCAGACGGCGCAGCUCAUCGUGGGCCACGUGGGGAACAAGGGGACCCCCCCGCCCCGGGCCUGGUUCCUGCCCCCCGCCUGCCUCAGCCACUGUGUGCGCUUGGCGCUCAUCCGCUUCCGGGUCAAGGUCUUCCAGAGCCUGGAGGACCAUCACUUAGAAGUGGUAGCUUUCUUCCGCGAGCAUGGAUUCCAUGGGCUUCUUGCCCAUGAUUCCGAGUAUGCCCUCUGCAACAUCCCAUCGUAUUACAGUUCUCACGCACUGAAGUUGAGCUGGAAUGGGAAGAACCUGACAACUAACCAGUUCCUCAUGCAAGAAGUGGCCAAGCAGUUGGGUUUGAAGCGGAUUAAUUUCCCCAUAUUUGCUGCCUUGUUGGGUAACCACAUUCUCCCAGAUGAAGAUCUGGCUGCUUUUCACUGGAGCCUUUUGGGACCAGAUCACCCUCUGGCCUCAUUAAAGGUCCGCGCACACCAGUUGGUUCUCCCACCCUGUGAUGUUGUCAUCAAAGCAGUCUCAGAGUACGUCAGCUCUAUUAAAGAUCCCUCGAACCUGGAUAGAAUUGGGAAAGAUGUUUUCAAACAGUCACAGUCUAGGAUGGAAGAUAAAAUCGAGCGAUUCAAGAAAGCAGUUGAGUACUAUUCAGUUGCAACCAAACUCCGCCCACUGCCCAUGGGCCCAUCACCGUUUUUAGGGUAUGGGCCCAGUCAGUUUGGAGUUCCACCCCUUCCUCGCAAUCAAAUGGGAGGUGUCCCUGGUGGAAAGCCAAUGUUUCCUCACCAGAUGCCACCGAAAAUGCAGUACCCUUCAAGCUUCCCACAGGGGCCCAACUCUGCUUUCCUUUUCUCCUCUCAACCUUUGGGGGAACCUCCCGCUUUCCCAGACGAACCUGUGCUGAAAGGGGGCUCCUUCGCCAAUUGGUCCGUCACUUAUGAUUCAUCAGCUUCCAAGUUUUCCAAUCACCUGACCUCCAAAGCCUCUCCCCCUUCUGGGCUAGGUUCUUCCCCCUCCUCUUCAUCAGAUGGGGAGGAACAAAAUGGGGGUAAUGCCAAUCACAUCACAGAGGCGCUUCAACACAAGCCCGGGUGGGAGGAUCCCAGUGGCGACAAAGGCUGGGUGCAGCCGGUCAGCGCAGGUGACUCGGAUGCUAACCUUGGCAAUGCUGAACCCCACAUCCCAUCUCUGCUGUCCAUGGCGACGCGAAACCACAUGGACAUCACCACUCCGCCCCUGCCGCUGGUAGCCCCGGAAGUCUUGCGAGUUGCUGAACACAGGCACCGGAGGGGGUUGAUGUACCCUUAUAUCUACCAUGUCCUCACUAAGGGUGAGAUUAAGAUUCCUGUGUGUAUUGAGGAUGAGUGCAAUACAGAACUCCCCCCAGCCACCAUCCUGUUUCGAACAGCCCGUCAAUACGUAUACGGCGUCCUUUUCAGCCUGGCCGAGACCCAGAGGAGACUGGAACGCCUUGCUAUUCGCAGGCGGAUCCCUGUAGAAGUUCCUCCCAUAAUCCUGAAAGAGUGGUCUGCCUACAAAGGAAAAUCUCCUCAAACACCCGAGCUGGUGUCUGCGCUUACCUUCCGGGAGUGGACCUGCCCCAACCUCAAGAAGCUUUGGUUAGGCAAAGCUGUGGAGGACAAAAACAGAAGAAUGAGGGCCUUCCUGGCUUGCAUGAAGUCAGACACGCCUAGCAUGCUCAACCCGGCCAAUGUCCCCACUCACUUGCUGCUUAUGUGCUGUGUUCUCCGUUAUAUGAUUCAGUGGCCCGGUGGCCGGAUCCUGCACCGCCAUGAGCUAGAUGCCUUCCUGGCUCAGGCUGUCUCUGCCCAGCUCUAUGAACCAGAUCAACUCCAAGAACUCAAGAUUGAGAAACUGGAUGCUCGCGGGAUCCAGCUUGCAGCCUUGUUCAUGAGUGGAGUCGACACUGCUCUGUUUGCCAAUGAUGCCUGCGGACAGCCAGUACCUUGGGAGCACUGUUGCCCCUGGAUUUACUUUGAUGGGAAGCUCUUCCAGAGCAAGCUGAUCAAAGCUGGACGGGAGAAAGCCCCUCUGAUCGAGCUCUGUGACGGCCAGACCGAGCAGGCAGCUAAAGUGGAAAAGAUGAGGCAAAGUAUCCUGGAGGGAAUCAACCUCAAUCGCCAGGCUCCACCUCCUCUCCUUCCACCGCCUCCAUUUGUGCCCCCUAUGGUGCCACCGCCCUUCUAUCCUGUCCCUCUUUACCCCCGAGCUGUCGGGUCGAUGCCACCUCCCCCUCCCGGAAGGACUAGGGGCUUUGCUGGUCUCCACCCAAUCCCUCCACAGGGGGGGAAACUGGAAAUUGCCGGCAUGGUAGUGGGCCAGUGGGCUGGCAGCAAACCCUCAAGAGGGCGAGGUUCUUUUGGCAUGCAGGUGGUGUCUGUUGGUGGACCAGGGAAGGGGCGUGGAAGGGAGAUGAUUGGAAAAGUCCCCAAAGGAAAUAAGAAAGUCAGCAAACAAUGCUGCGCCGAAGGAGCGUUCAAACCUGGGGAAUUCGACAAUAAUCGCCCCCCCCACUCGCAGGUAAACGGGAACAGUGGCACCACGGGCGAGGAGGAGGGGUGCGGCAACAGCUCUCCGGCUCCAUCACAGAGUGCCUUAUCAAGAGACAGUGAUGUGUGCAAUAACAAUACUCCCUACUUCAACGCACUGAGUGGGGAAAGCGAUUGCUGCCGAGAAAAGAAGCUGGGAACCGCAGCUCUCCAGAAGGAGGAAUAAAUCGCAGAGCUUACUAGAGCAGGAAGUAUGAAAACAUGUACGAUAUCUGAUUCCAGACCCAAGUUCGAGAGGACAGGACGGGGAGGAGGCUGAUGUUGGCCAGCGGGAGGGUGGGUUCCUCUUCUGCUCACCGAUUUGGUUCCCAGAUUGCCACAGAUUUGAAAGGUUGUGCUAAUGGGGGAGUCCUCUUUAGCGGCAGGUGAGUGAGAAAUGAGGCUUGAUCCUGUUCUCAGAUUAACUUUUGGUGCGUUUUCUUUCUCCCCUAUCUUGGUCCCAAAUGCCCUACCAUAAGGAUUUAUGGAAACUCGGGAUUUGAAGUCACACAAAUAUUGAGAGUUAUGUAGCAUACUGGGGUCCUUUGAGAAGUUGCCUCUGUGGUUCGGAUUUCACUUUCUGAACCUGUGAGUCUUUAUUGAAGAGAUUGUCCUUGGGAAGAUUUCAGCCAUAAUCCAGUGAUUCUUGAAGUAGACUUGCUGACAUCUGUCUCUUCCUGGACCUGUUUUUCCCCAGGAAUGGAUGCGUCAAUACUAAGGCACAGUCAAUAAUCUCCAGAGUUUCAGUAGCUACAGAUUUGGUUCAUUGACUCCUCCAGUUGCCUUACACCCUCCUUCCCCAACCCGUCCCCACCCCCUGAAAAAAAUUCCUUCCUGUUCAUCCCACUCUCCUGGAACUUUUGUCUAAUAAUCAGAUGGGUACAUGUUUUCAAGGUUAUGGAUUUUUAAAUUUUUUUUAUUUUUAUUUUUUUUUUUUAUAAAAUGGCCUUUGUACAAGGGAAUUCAAGUGAAUUGGAAAGUGCUGGGCAGAUUUUUCCUGCCUCUGAACUGAUGUAUUGUUAUAUGAAAUGGCAGACAUGGUACAGUUCACCCUGUCACUGCUACCCAGGCCCCGGAAGGUGAUGUAGAUCUUUCAGGAUUCAAGGGGCAGUGAGAGGGUUGAAAUAAACUGAAUGAAUUUUGGGGAGUGAGAAAGGGGGUUAAAAAGUGUGUGUAUGUGUGUUACGUGUGAGUGUGUGUGUGGGGUACGUAUGUGAGUUACGUGCGUGCACACGUGUAUGAGUGUAUACAGCAGGUGUAUAUAUGAGUGCUUGUGCCUAUACAAGCAUAUACACACCCUUUAUAUAGAGACAGAGAUCUAUUUAUCUAUACAUAUUAUAAAUAUAUAUAUAUAAAUAAGAACUCAUUGAUGUCCCAAAGGAGAUGUUGCAUUUCUCAGAAAUGCUCCUAUGGAUAUGGAGUGGUGGGUUGCAAGAGACCAUAACUCUAUAGCUUAAAAAAAAACUUACCAAGUCUCAGCUCAUCUCUUGAGUGAGAGGAUGGGCAUCUCCAAACCAGACAGAACUUGCUUUCCGAAGCGCAACAAGCACUUAGAGAGACGAGUACGAUCCUGUGCAGAGAGCCUUUAAUCUCAUACUAUGAGAGCAAAUGGGGGAAGGGUGGAGGGGGAAGGGAGAGGAACACGGGGAUUGCCUUAUGAAGGAACAGCCUGGAUUGUAGGGGAUGAUAGGGGAUGGAGAUUUGGAAACCCAAAGGGCUAGAUAAAUGAACCGAGAUUUAAGGAGAGAUACUACAUUAGGUUUUAGGAUAGGAUUGGCUGCUGAAUCGAGGCGAUUCCUAUAAAAGAGUUUUCCAUAGAGGGGGUGGGGAAGAUACCUUGGGUAUAGUGGGAGGUGUGGGAAGUCAAAAGAUUUUUAUCUCUUCUGCCUAGACUGUUGCAUUUGUUCACUAGCAUUUUGACUUUCAGAUUCUUUUCAUUUGUCUUACGAGAAAGACCUCUUCUGGGUAGGUCAGAAGACUCUGAUCUGGACCUCCUGAGCUCAUCAGCAGAGUUUUCCACAACUGGCUUCUGUCUUCAUUCCCCAAGUAGGCCAGUGCCUAAGAGUGGAAGAUGCUCUGGUUAGGUAGGAAUUCAGCUUCCACCUAUUGCAAGACAUUCAUGAGGCAGCUUUGCCUUUCCAAUCAGUGGGAUUAAACCCUCUGACUUCCCUUUAUGACUGACACUUAAGUAGUCAGAGAAGACACACUUUUUUGUAGGGGAAAGAACAUUCCUAGUAGUAUGCUAGAGUGUGGUGAGAACUUUGGGGAAAGAGAUUUCUCUCCCCCGCCCCCGCCUUUCACCCUUCAUGAGAGAAAGUAACAUUUCCACUUGGUUCCGACAUUUCUAGAAGGUCAGAUUUCUAAAGAUUUGACUAACGGGGGGGGCUUCUCUUAAAAACAAACGAAGAAAAAAAAACAAACCUCACCCCAUGAUAGCUGCUAAGUGCUUUUCCCCAGGCUACCAAACUUUGUAUUGAUUAUGCCCUCUUAUGCCUACCAUAGGGACAUAUUGUAGGGAAUAGAAUAGUCACCGACCACUUGAUUCUUACCAGAUAUUUCCAGUUAAGGAGGAACCAUAGAACUCUUCUCUCUCCCCAUUCCUGCAGUAUUUUUUGGAACUUUCUGGGAGAGAAUGAGAGAGAGAGAGAGAGAUGUGGAAUUAUAAUCCUAGAAUUUCAAUAGAGGAACCUUACAAAAGAGAAGGUAUUCUGAAGGCUUCUCAUUGGAAUUAACACAAAUCUGUUCAUAUCGCUUUGCAUUCUUGGUGAAUUUAAUUGUUUUCCCUCCUGAACCAGUGGUGGAAUGAUAAAGACUCAUACAAAGAUUUCACUUGUGAAUAGGGGCCCAUGUAUAUUGUUGAGUUUGACCUCUGGCCCCUCUCUUUUUUCCUUCCUUACACUUCUUUGGUAGUUUCAGUGCGGUUAGGUCCAUGGCCUAUUGCGGGGCUGUUUCUUGAGCCUUGUGUAGUCAGGGUAGCGUGUGGGAAGGGCUUGCCCGUCUAGUGGAACUAUUUCACCUGUUCAGCUUCUGCAGAGGUCUGGGAGAAGGCAGCGUGGUCCACUUUCGGUUCUCUGUGGAUGUUUCACCUGGCCCAAAGUGUCAGUGGUUUGUCUUCCCCUCAGCUGGGAAGUUCAGACCCUGGUCUGCAAAGUUGUCAUUGUCGUGUGGGAACAUAAACGGUUCCCAUUUCAGCAGUAUGAAUUUGGGAUGCUCAGAGGUCGAAGGAGCAGGCCUUUAGUUUGCUUAUCGUUGUGCCUGUCGACUAAAUUGGCUACAGUUACCAGGGACCCUUGGAAAAUUAGCCACCUCUUUCCCUUGUACCUUUUUUAGGUUUUAAAGGACCACUCAGUUCUUCCAUAAAGUAUAUUUUUAAUAAAUGUUUGGGCAAGAUCGUGAUUAGGGAACAUACCUCUGACAAAGCCAGCCUGUUUGGACUCAGCGGGUCAGACUACCAAAGAAACUAUUUGUGAUUGUUUGCGGCAUCAGAACUGAUGAGUACAACAGGAUGAGUUUUCCAUAAGCUAAGUUUCCCCAAGAAUGUAACCCUUGCAAUUAUGGGGGAGCUGGGUGUAGUGAAACAAGGCAGGACCUGAAAGGCUAGUUGGAAGGAGGGAAAAAGUGACCUAGUCUGAGGGAUUAAUAACUCCUAUAGGCUACAAAGCUGAAACCCACAUAUGCUAUCUCUCAUUCCUCACUGUGUGUGUUCCAGUGGGAGAAGAAGGUAACAGGCUGAAGGAAGGACACGCUACGCUCCACGGUGUGUGGACCGUGAAGAACCUGUGCCGUCCCUUUAUGUAGCUGAAUCUGAGGGAAAUGUCUAGACUAAUUUCAAGUCAAAGCUGGAGUGAUUCAUGGGGUUUUUCAAGAAGCCAGAAAUUUUGAGCCUGUGGAGGGACUCAUGGGAAAGUCAAGGAGAAAAAUUCGAGAUAAGGAGAAGGUUCCCUCCUAGUACAGUGCUCAGCCCACAAGCGCUCAAGUAUUUUUGUUCGAUGUGGUGGUCCUGAUAACCUGGAAUUUGGCUUAGGAGCAGCUUCCUUUCAUCAACCUAGACUUAGAACCUCAUUCGUUUCACCAAGUACCAAAAUGUGUUCAGGUUAACGUGAAUCCUUUGGCUUACUGGUCUAGUGUGACUCGCUGCAACUGCAUGCAUCACUGUUUCCUAGUGCGGGGUGGGAGGGGUGGGGUGGGAUGAGAUGUGCUAACCUGUUUCUCUCCUCAAUUUUAAUGUGUAAUAUUGACUUGGAGAAGACAAAUGGGUCUUUUCCCCAUGGUCCUUUUUAAGUAAAGUUGGACAUUUUGGUGGGAAGAAAUUAAGGGGCAUGUGUGACCCAGACUUCUGUCUUUUUAAGGUCUUUGCCAAGUGUGCAAAGCAAAGCAAUCACAGUCUCAGAUUAGUUCUUAAAAACUGGGACCGGGUACUCUAAAGGGAAGAGAAGUGGCUCAGGUAGGGCUGAAAAUUGAUUAUUCCAACUGAGGCCGAGGGGAUUAGGUUCCCGUUGAUGUUUGGAAACAACCAGAAAUUGUAUUUCUUUCUCUUUCACUUUUUCACAUUCAUAUCCUCUUUCAUUCUCUCACUUUACUUUCUUUCUCUUAAUUUCUCUCUCUCUCUGGCUUUCUCUCUUUUUAUUUUUCCUUUCUCUUUUUUGCCAGUUUGGAAAUGGGAAAUAAUUUGUGCUAAGCAGUCACCCCGCCCCGCCCCCACCCCCAACCUCUCUAUUUGAAAGUAUAUAUAGUUCUUGUUUCUGUAACUGAAGUAUAUUUGACCAUUUUCAUGACAGUAUUGCUAAAUUUCACAAACAAGAAGAUGAUUUCCACUUUAAAAGAUAUUUGUUUGGGGAAUUCAAGAAGCUUCUUUCAUGGGGGAUGGAGAAGGCCAAGUUCCAGUUGAAUACGGACAGUCCCUUUAAUUAUUUCCAGUUUUUGCCAAAAGGAUAGUUUUUAUCCAGCGAGACUGAUCAAAACAAACUGCAGGUGCUCAGCCUUUAGUUUGACUUCUUUUUUACUUAAUGCUUGUUAUUUGAAGGCUGUAAGGAAGGAAAGAAGACAGCUUCAAAAUUGCACUCACACUUCUCUGCAAUGAUGCAUACCUUGAACCAGAACUAGACAGACACACGAUUAAUCAGUUGGAGAGGAACUUUUUUACUUUUGCAAGUGAAAUCAGGGUGCGCUGGGAUGUGUCUUAGUGUUGAGAGUGACACUUUGAAGACACAAUUUUUACUUUUCAAAUUGAUGCCACAUUUCUGAACUGACCUCGUGCUGCCCUUCCCAGCACAGGUGGUGCUGGACUUAUCCCCCAAAUGACAUUUUCAUCCCUAUUCUGUACAGCCGCAGAUUGAUUUAUGCAUAUAAAUCAAGUACGUGGACAUACGUACGAGUGCAGAACUGGAACCAAACACCCGCAGUUCUUGAAAAUCCAGCCUUUUGAUGACAAGGUUCAAAUCCAGCCAGUAUCGUUGAAUGUUUAGGUGAUGAGCCGGGAGGGCACUCCUGGUUGUGCUGUAUAAAUCUCCUGAAGUUUGAGUCGGGAUUCCUAGAUGAGUCUAAUGUAAGAACUGGAAAAAUGAUCAAUGGUUGGCUGGUAAAAAUUUAUUUCUCUCCAUCUUUAAUUUCCAGCAUAGUUCAUCGAUUCAUAUUAUGUUGGUUAGAUGCCUAAAAAAAUGGCACAGGGUUUCAGUGAUUUACUAGGAGGAGGAGGAGGGGUUGGAAAUUUGGCAGUGAAUGUGUGUGUUGGGCAGGGUGGUCUGGUCCACAGACACUCCCGCGGCACGUUUAGGCACUUGUGGGAACCUCACUGCCACCUAUUUAGCACCUAAGAUGUCUCCACACCCCUUCUUUAAAUAAAAUAUACAAAUAGAGUACAGUUUAAUUUAAUCUAGUUGGUGUAAUUCUACUAAGGUUUAAUCAUUAUACUAGUUAACUUCCUGAAGUAUAUUUCCUAAAUAUGCAUGUGUUCUUUUUUUAUUGUCAGCCCCAAUGUUUUUUCUUCCUUGUGUAACUUUUGGACAUUUUUUUUUCUCUGAUUUAUAUUUCACUUUUUCUUAAUUCAUUGCAGUUCCAGCUCAAUGCAUUGAAUUACCUAUUACUGCUAAUUAUCUUUGAUGUUGUCGGAGGUUGUUUUGAUGUUCUAGGAAUAAUGAAAAAACACAAACAUAUACCUUGUUUUCAAAUUUAAAAGUGAAAGAAAAUACCCUAUUUGCUAGGGCAUCCACCUUCCCAGCUGUAACCAUUGCACCCCUACUUUAAUAUAUGCUCUUUUUUCCUUGUUGGUAGUAACUAAUAACUAGUGAAUUUUCAAGUAAAACUCUUACAGAAAAUGAAAUAUUUCAGACUUUUUAAACUAUCGUGCCCCCCUUGAGCCUGAUUAACUUAAGCUUCAGUUUUAUUAUUUUCUGGGGUAAGUUACCCGGUUUUUUAAAUAUUUUAGAAUAACAAACUAGGUUUAAAAAUUUCACUGAAAAAGAGUAAAAUGGUUUUUCUUUAGUGCUCCCUGUCAAAUGAUGUUAUUUACAAAAAUUUUUAAUUUUUUUCUCCUUUUUUAAUAUUUUCCCUAUAUGCUAUUGCCCACUUGUGUAGUGGCUCGAUAAUGUGUAUCUCCCUAUUUUCCACUCCUAAAUUCCAAAUCCCCUUCCUUUUCUGUACGCCCCCCCUUCCUUUCCUCCCUAAGCCCCCCCAAAAAAACAGCUCCAUAGUUUAUCAAUGUAAGUUUGAACGGAUGACUCUUCGGGGAAACUGCAGUAGUUAAUUGAAAAGCAUCAGAAAAAGGAUCUGAAUUGUCUUGGGAGUGUUUAUACGAUGGGAACUGGUUUGCUGUUCUGUUACUGCUGAUGGAAAGAGACUUACAGUGCUUAAUAAAAGUCUAUUCUUUUAGUAAAAAAAAAAAAAAUUCCAAAAGUA